AUGAGCUCUUCCAGCGAGAUGACUACUCAUCUCGCUUCCACCCAAAAUGGGGUGGCUGAACCAACCGCCCACGAGAUUGCAGUUGCAGAAGUCAAUGCAAUUGUCCAUGCAGUGAAAGUUGCAGUGGGCGUCCCCACGCAGAUGGCUGCAGAAAACGCAUCUUUAGUGGCUGCAAAAUCCGGCUCACCACAGUCAAGCCAGGUUGCAACCGAGGGACCAACACCCGAAACCACGCCGGAGACGACCCCUCCUUUAUGCAAAAAGGCAGUUCUUCCAAACCCUCAGACUGGAGCUGGAAACGCUAGGAAAUCUGAGAAACAGAGAGCCAAAAGAAGAAGACAAAGAGUCAAAAAGGCCAAAAAGCUGGCAAGAAUUGAAGCUGCUUAUUCAAGAGCUCCAUCUUGCGAGCCGAAUACCACCUUAGACACAGUCAGGGAAAAGGCACCCAAGGAAAAGGCACCCAAGGAGAAAGCUGUCUCAAAAAGUUUGGAGACGACCAAGGUCCCCACACAAAAGAGACAAACUGUUUCGAAGUUGGCUAAGCCUGAAAUUGAGGUCCAAGAUCAAGCUGAGGAGAUGUUUGACUUUGAGGUCAACCAAAAGGACAUACCUUUUAUCGAUGACUGGGAGAAAUUUGUUGAUGAUGAGGAGGAUACUCCAUCCACCCAUCACUCGAAGGAAGGCCCGGCUUGCGAAAAAGAUAUUCCAAUUUGUUUGUCCCCCAAAGAGAAAACAUCGGAAAGCUUUACUGAUUUGGCUGCUGUUGCCUUGAAGGAAAAGGAAGUGACUCCAAGCCUUGAGCGAGAGGAGACUACCUCGAGCAGUCCUAUCGAAUUGCCUGGUGCUCCCUUGAUGGAACAGGAAGUGACUCCAACGCUUGAGCAAGAAAAGAGUACCACGACCAGUCCUAUUGAAUUGCUUGGUGCUCCCUGGUUUCGAGAGGAUGACGAAUUGAGCAUUGACCUGGAAGCGGAGCCCGCUUCAACCCUUGAGCAAGAGAAGAGUACCUCGACCAGUCCUAUUGAAUUGCUUGGUGCUCCCUGGUUGCGAGAGGAUGACGAACUGAGAAUUGACCUGGAAGCGGAGCCCGAAUGUGAGGAUGAUGCUUUCGCAAGCUUGGCGAUCAGUCUUCCGUCCACGAGGAUCGACGUUGACUCGCUUAGCCUUGAUCUGCUACUGCCAGAGGCUCGUUGGAAGGAUGCUGAAGAAGAACUUUCUGCGGAUGAUGAAGUUGUUGAGGCUGAAGAUCAGGCAAAGGAAACUUCCGCUUCUCUGGGAGGAAGAAACAACGGACCGGGUAGAACAGAUGGACCAAACGGCUCUGAUGGAUCAGACGGAUCAGACGAAACAGAUGGCUCUUUUCACGAGAGCCACAAUUCGCCAGACCCUGAACCACCUAAGAAAAAAGUCAGGUUCACAUUCGCUGGUCUCAGUCCAUUUUCUCCUAGGGAACCCAGGAAGCUUCGCCGCCGGAAGAAGAGUCCCUCAACAGCCAGGUUAUUGGCAAGAGGAGUUAAAAUGCUUGCCCACAAGAUCAAGAACAAAGUUCGGCGUUUUGCAAGAGCCGUCUGGAAGUUGGGGGGAGAAGAUACAGAGGAAACUCUGGACAAGGAACCCUCCCGGCUCCGCAAGUGGAAAACGAUCUUGAGCCUUCUCGUAUCCAAGUGA